CUGGAUCGUGCGGUCAAUGGGAGUCAUUUGUCCAAGGAAAAACCCCUGCGUAACAGAACCCAGAGACUAUCGCUGAAGAAUUAAGACUCUUAAUCCCACCUCUCUAUCGCCUCCCCUUUCCUCCCUCGCCCUCUCCCCAAUCCCUCUCGAAUCCCCACCCAAUCUCGGUCGUUUGUGAGGAUUCCUUCCGCAUGCAGGGAUGGCGUGGACUUUCGGCGCUGGACAAGGAAACGGCGGCCGCCGCGGUGUCGGCCUAGGCGGUGGAACCGCUGGUUUCGGCGCCGGCGCUGGCCCGUUCGCCGGCAACUUCGGCAGCGGCAGGGAUAAUGCCGGCCAGAUCGUGUUUGGUGAUGGGAGCGGAUUCGGUGGCGGUGGCGGUGGCCCCAGCUUCGGCCAGCAAGCCGGCUCCCCUGCUCACCUGGCGGCCGCACUUUCUUCUGGUAUCGUGGCCGGCGGCGGAUCUCAAGGCGGACAAAUUACUGUCGAGAAGGUCCCGGGCUUUCGUAUGCGCGUUGAUUCAGAUGAUGAAAUGUCCGGUCACGAUUGGCCGGCCUCUUGGUUUCGGGUGGUAGAACGGCCCAUCAAGAAGCAAAAACAUGAAGAAAAACCAUCUCUCUUCAGCUUUCAGAAGCAGCGGGAUUGCCCGGACUCUUGGUCCAAACUUCCCUCGAAGAAGAAGAAGAAGAAGAAGAAGAAGAAGAAGAAGAAGCAGCAAAAACAUGAAGACGAACCAUACACCCUGAGCUCUGAUGAGCUGCAGGAGUUUAUAGCAACCUGGAGGGAGCCGUGCCUAAAACAUCCAGUUGGCACGAUCCUGGAAUCCAUGCUAAACAGCUAUAACUGUGACACGCUAACCCCAGAACAAAUGAACAGAGUGAAAACAAUAUUCGCGCAAUACCCUUCCAUUGGCUUGCUCAAUGCUGCUGUUAGAUCAAUUGGAGCUCCUUUAUGUCCGUCAUUAGAACUUGCCGUUCCUGAAGGCACGGAUCAUAAACCUGGAUGCAGUAAUGAGGGCAGCAAUAAACCUCGAGACAGUGUUCCAAUUGAUGAUGUCAUCAAAAGAACAAUUGCAUAUUUUGAAUCCAACAUUGGAGUAAGUGAAGGAUCUUUGCAACUGAAGAAUAUUUUCUCUCUGAAGAAAUUUCAUGAAUGUGAAUCAUGGGUAACCAGCCAUUUUUCAGCCCAUCAAUUUAGUGCUCUUGGCCAUGGGUCUUUCCUUCAGUUUUUGGAUAGACAUGGUCAUCAUUUCCCCCCUAACUGUAGUGGUUUCUUAAAUGGGGAGCUUUCUAGUUCUUCCUCUCUGGAAGUUUGUGUAAUGCAUUAACAAAUUGAAGUUUUACUCUGUCAAGCUGAGAGUAACUGGCUGGAAAAUGGUGAAUUUUCAGUGGAUAGUCUCCUUAUGCUUCUGAAAAGGCAGUUUCCAACAAUCACUGUUGAUAUAGCGCAAAACAAAUUAGGAGGACUCAUUGGCACUAUUGAGGCUCAAAGAAAGAGCAUGCAGACAAACACCACCAAAUUUUCCGUUGCACUGUUGCAGAAACGCUGGUCUGGGAUUUUGCUAGGUAAUGGUGAUGUGUUGGAGAAUGAUAUUGCUCCACAAUCUUAUCCUAGUUCAGUUUCUUCACAAGAAGCAAUUAAAUGCUUACUCAAGGCUCCCUUCUUGUCUGAUCUUCUUCUUUGGUCAAAUUGGGAUAUGCUGUUUGCUCCUUCACUGGGCUCCUUAAUGCAUUGGUUGCUAAAUACAGGUCCAAUUCAAGAUUUAUCAUGCAUUGUGACCAGAGAUGGCAGGUUCGUUAGAAUAGAUCCAUCAGCCACUGUUGAGCAUUUUCUAGAAGCUGUCAUUCAGCAAUCACCGUUUCAAGUGGCAGUGAAGCUGCUAUCCUUGCUACACAUUUACAAUGGUUCUAGCAAUGCUCCAAUUUCGUUACUGAAGUGUUAUGCACAACGAGCAAUAGAUGCUAUAAUGAAUAGCAACAUUGAUUUGAUCAGCACUGGUUCUGAAGGGGGAAAAAUAUGUACGAGGAAGUGCAUACACAAAUUGCUGAACAGCAUAGCUUUUCUUCUCAUUAUAUUGGUCGUAUUCAAGGAAAUCCUGAAAACACUUGUGUAAGAAAGAUUACAUCUAAAAGCUUAUUAAACAUUGACCACACUCUUCAGUUGAUCGCGAAAUUUAUACUAGACUGUCUUGGCCAUCUACCUUCUGAAUUCUGGAGUCUGGCAGCAGAUAUGCUAUUGUCAGGACUUCGGACUGUUGCUAAGAAUUGCUAUUCAUCCAUCUUGCAUGCAUGCAAUGAAACUUGGCAGCUUUGCAUGCUUCGCAACAUUGGAUCAUCACUUGGAAUCGCUGAAUGGGUUGAAGAUUGUCCCACAACAUGUCGGACUGAAGAUGCUUAUGGAAACAGAGAAACUAAUUCAUCUUCUUGUCAUGCAUCGGCUGUUUCUGGAGGUCAUCCACAUAAAAAUACUAACAUGCUUACUACCACAGAUGAUGACAUGGUAGUAAAUGAGAGAAGUAAAUCGUUUCCUGGCUUGGAGGCUAUAGAUGAUGAAAAUGCACAAGAUUUAGAUCCUGAUGGAAGCAAGGCAGAUAUGGCUGAAUUACUAGCUACUAACAAGCCCCCAGCGAUUGAAGAAAUAAAUCUUGAGAAAGCAGCUCUUAUUAUUGAAACUAUACGUCAAGAGGGGUUUGGUUUGGAUCAGACACUAAGUUAUACUGAUAGCAGCUUGCUGAAAAAGCAGCAUGCUCGACUUGGCAGAGCCCUUCAUUGUCUCUCACAAGAGCUAUAUUCCCAGGACUCUCACAUAAUCCUUGAGCUGAUACAGAAUGCUGAUGACAAUACUUAUCUCAAGGAUGUCGAACCAACAUUAGCGUUUGUUCUUCAGGAUGAUGGAAUUGCUGUUCUUAAUAACGAGACGGGCUUUUCUGCUGAUAACAUUAGAGCGUUGUGUGACAUUGGUAAUUCUACAAAGAAAGGGUCAAACAUGGGGUAUAUUGGAAAUAAAGGCAUUAGAUUCAAGUCAGUAUUUCGGGUAACUGAUGCUCCAGAGAUCCAUUCAAAUGGUUUUCAUGUGAAAUUCGACAUUACAGAAGGCCAGAUUGGUUUUAUCUUGCCGACUGCAAUUCCACCUUUUGAUACUAACUCUUUGAGUAGAAUGUUAUCUCCUGAAGAUAGCACGAUGCAUGCUCCUCCUGGAACACCUGUAUUUUGCUCCCUUUCAGGUCAAACUUCAGGGAGGGCACUGGUAUGUGCUCCGUCGUGUCCAUGUUUUCAGAUCUUGACCCAUCUCUGCUCUUGUUCCUUCACAGGCUAAAAUGCAUCAAAUUCAAAAAUAUGCUCAGUGAGAAAUUUCUAAUAAUGAGAAGAAAAUCUCUUGCCGAUGGCAUUGUGAAAAUCUCACAUGGGAAUGAGACAGUGAGCUGGUUGGUAGUUACUAAGAAAUUACAGGGCUCGCUUGUUCGUCAUGAUGUCUGUAGCACAGAGAUAGCUAUGGCAUUUUCUUUGCAGGAGACAGAGGAUGGAGAGUAUGAACCUUAUUUAAAGCAACAACCUGUGUUUGCUUUCCUUCCUCUAAGGUACUACGGUCUUAAAUUCAUUCUUCAAGGAGAUUUUGUCUUGCCUUCUUCUAGAGAAGAAGUGGAUGCAGAUAGCGCAUGGAACCAAUGGUUGCUGUCUGAAUUCCCAUCUUUAUUUGUUAGCAUACAAGAAUCUUUUUGUGCUCUGCCUUGCUUCCGAAAGUGCCCUGGAAAAGCUGUUACAGCCUUGAUGAGUUUUGUGCCUCUACCGGGAGAAGUUCAUGGGUUCUUUUCUCAGCUCCCUCAUUUGAUCCUUUCCAAGUUGCGCCUGACCUGCUGCAUGGUUUUGGAGGGCUCCAGUUUGCAGUGGGUCCACCCAUGCAACACACUAAGGGGUUGGGAUGAACAGGCUAGAAAGCUAUUGCCUGAUACCAUACUCCAUGAACAUCUUCACCUUGGAUAUUUAUCAAAAGAUGUUACUGUAUCCGAUACAUUAUCAAGGGCCUUAGGUAUACAUGAGUAUGGACCGAAAGUUUUGACUGAUGUUAUGUCAUCUAUUUGCCAAAUUGAUGGUUGCAUUGAGUCACUGGGACUGGAAUGGCUAUGUGCUUGGUUUGUUACACUUCAUUCGGCGUUGCUGUCUCAUUCUUCUCAGGAUCUUCCCUUUAGAACAAAUUUUGAAAGUGAUACUUUAUGUUCUCUCAGGAAAAUGCAAUGCAUCCCACUUUCAGAUGGUUCAUUUCGCUGUAUAGCAGAUGGCCCAAUAUGGUUGAAUUGUGAUCUUCUCGACUCUCCGCCUGGAUCCAAAAUCAGCAUGCAGAGCUUCCCAGUUCUGUACAGUAGCCUUCGCAUUGUGAGCCCACACAUCCUCUCCAUGUCCUGCAAAAAUAGUUACAUUGUCGAAGAGACGAGAACAAAUGACCUUAUAGAUAUUUUAUUGAAAGUUGGUGUGCUGAAGUUGUCUGGACAUGACAUUAUAAAAAAUCACAUCCUGGUGUCAUUGUCUAAUGCUACAGAUGCUAAUCCAGAAGAGAAAAUGAUGACAGAAUAUAUGAGUUUUAUCAUGCUACAUCUUCAGGCCCCCUGUAUAAGCUGCAACCCAGAGAAAGAAGAGAUUGUCUCAGAAUUACGCAAGAUGCCUGUCUUACUUACGAACAAUGGCUAUAAGUGCCCAGCUGAUGUACCCAUUCACUUCAGUAAACAUUAUGGAAAUUCUGUGGACAUAGGCAAGCUCCUUCAGAAUGUAGAUAUGGCAUGGAUUGAACUUGACACUUGUUAUUUGACACAUCAUAGUUCCGCUUCACUGCAAUUCAAUUUGCAAAGUUGGAGGCAAUUUUUCGAGCAGUUAGGCGUGACCGAUUUUGUUCAGGUAAUGGAAGUUGAGAAAAAUAUAUUUGAGGCUGAUGACUUUCAAAAUGGUACUCCCUUCCAAGGUGGCAUACCUGGAACACCUUAUAUUGUGUAUGACUGGGAGUCGCCAGAAUUGACGACUAUGUUAUCAAUACUCACCUCAAAGAAUUUGUGAGAAAAUCGUAUAUAUCUUCUGAAGGUUCUAGACAAAUACUGGAAUGAUUGUUAUAGUACAAAAUGUAGGAGUCUCACAAAUGCAACAGAUUGUGGUGAAAAGAGAAAAGUUGACUCUUCCUUUAUGAAGUGUCUGCGAAACUUCAAGUAUGGAUGAGGACCUUCAUUACGCAGGAGAUCUAUUUUGUGAUUUUAAAAAUGUGCGCUCUCUUCUUGGCAGCGUCGCCCCAUAUGCUAAACCACUGGUUAGUACUCCCUCCGUAAACUAAUAUAAGAGUGUUUAGAAUACUAAAAUAGUGAUCUAAACGCUCUUAUAUUAGUUUACAGAGGGAGUACUUGGUAGUAGUUUAUCCUUGCCAAACUAUAUUGUGUUUUCAUCAUAAUGUCUUGUUCCUGUGGAAUAGUUAUCAAGCACAUUACUUAGGAAGGACAUUGGAUUCAAGACAACAGUAUCCCACAGUGACGCUUUAUUGAUCCUCAAUCACUGGAUAGCAUCACAAGCUAAUUUUAGUGCAAGAAUGGACCAGAUGUGCAAAUUCUACACCUUCAUGUCAGAAGGUGCCGCUAGUGGAGAUAUCAACAUUAAACGCGAUUUCCUACCACUCUGCUCUAUAUUUACACCACUGCAUGGUUCACCAUCAACUGAUUCUGUAACCGGGAGAUUUAUGUCUUCAAAUGAUUUGUAUUGGCAUGACCCAACAGGCUGUUGUGAAAAGAUAUAUGCAUCCAUUUUAAUGAAGGGGAAUAUGUUUCCGAGAAAGAUGUUAUCUGUGGCUUAUCCAAGCCUCCAUGAAUUCUUUACUGAGACAUGUGGUGUACCAAAGAUACCAACGACAUCUGAGUACCUUGAGAUACUGCUCCGGCUAUCAAGUGUUGCAUUGCCUUCACAAGUAGCCAAUCAUGUGUUUCGUGUAUUUGUGAGAUGGGCUAAUGAUCUCCAUUCUGGAAGUUAUAAGAUGGACGAUAUCUUGUUCUUGAAAGAAUCUCUUCAGAAGUUGGAAACAACAGUAUUGCCAACCCUGGGUUGCAGAUGGGUGUCCCUCCAUCCAUCUUUUGGUCUUGUUUGCUGGGCAGAUGACGAUGAGCUGAAGCAGCAAUUUCAGAACACUCGUGAGGUCGAAUUUAUACAAUUUGGUGAACUUUCUCUUGAUGACAAACAAAAACUCGAUGGGAGGGUUGCUGCAUUGAUGAACAUUAUAGGUAUUCCGGCACUUUCUAAGGUUGUGUAUCGCGAACCAAUGCAUUCUGGUACAGGGAACAACAGAGGAAAGGCUAGUUUACUUAAUUGGCUUUUACCAUAUAUGCAACGUUACAUCUACAAGAUGCAUGGAGAUACUUACAAUAAAUUUCAGCAAAAUGAGGCCACGAAGCUUAGCAGUCUUGAAGUUAUUGUUGUUGAGAAGUUAUCCUACAAGUAUAUGCUGAAAGGACGUGAUAGUUCUUGUGAGGGAAGAUUUGAAUGCUCUUGUCUUUUACAGGGAAAUAUUUUAUAUGCUACUCAAGAAGCUGAUUCACAUUCGAUUCUUCUGGAAAUUUCUAAACUUUUCUUUGAUGGAUCUGUUGAUCUACACUUCGCAAAUUUUCUUCACAUGGUCAAAACCAUGUCAGAAUCUGGCUCCGCAGUGGAACAAAUUGAGUUUUUUAUUGUCAAUAAUCAGAAGGUGCCUCUGUUGCCUGAACAGGAACCUGCUUGGUCCUUUUCUUCAUCGUUUGUCGUCGAGGAAAUAUUUAGUUCCCCAACAGCUGAACUCCAACCUCCGGAUGAACCCAGACGCCCCCUCAAGCGUAAGAAGAACCCAGGAAUCAUUGAAUGCCACCCUCCGAAUAAUCCUGAAACAGCACCUGAUCUUGAAACCUCUUACAUAAGCCAGCAAGACAUAAAGGUGAAUGAUAUUGCAUCUUCAUCAGAGCUUAGCAAGCCUGUCGUGUGUGGACCCAUGGAAGAUACUUCGGUUCCCAUCAAGGUUGAAGGGGAUCAUGUCGUGAAAGAGAAUUCAACAACAGAACAUAUGCUAGGCGUACAGAGUACAAUGGAAGUUGAUGAUGAGCCUGCUUGUUUGGACUUGGAAGCAGGAAGCUCACCAAGUCUGAUUGAUGAAACUGAGCUAACCGACAUUGAUGAGAAACUUGCUGAUGUUGCAGAAGAUGGAAGCGAGCUAGGAGCUGGCACACCUGGUAAAGCCACAGUUCAAAAGCCAGAUGAGCGGUCAAGAACCGGCAGGCUUGGUGAAGCUGCGGUACACCAAUACCUUGCCGGGCAGCUGGGACCUAGCAAUGUCAAGUGGGUGAACGAAGAGAAGGAAUCGGGGCUUCCCUAUGACAUUGUCAUCACUCCCGAGGGUGGCGCCGCAGAGUAUGUGGAGGUGAAGGCGACCGUGACUUCAAACUAGGACUGGUUCCACAUCACACCCAAUGAAUGGCAAUUCGCGCUUGAGAAAGGGGAUUCGUUCAGCAUCGCCCAUGUCGUGCUGAAAGGUUCAGAGAAAGCGAAUAUAAUGAUGAUGAAGAAUCCGCAGAAGCUCUGCCACCAGAAGGUCGACGAUUUGAAUUUUGCGCUUGUUAUGUCGAAAAAAUAUAGAAAACUCAACCAAAUCUCAGUUUCGUUGAAGCCCGAUGCGAAAUCACUGACCCCCGACGAAUCUGCAUCUUGAUCAAGCCUUUGUCACGCAGCGAUGCCUCCGUGAUUUCUAACUCUCAGAUUUUGUAUAUAACUAGUGUAGCAGUGUGUAGCUCAUCUGUAGAGAAGUACCAGCGUAGGUGUAGCUCUCUAACCUGUCCCUUCGGCGGAUGUUACCUGAACGUGCUUAGUGAUGGCAAUCUAGUGAGUGAAUGUCUCUGUCUCCA